AGCACAAAACGUCCGUGAAACUGGAGGUGUAUGUUUUAUGCGUAAUUUUGAGUGGCAACAACAACAGGAGUUUGCUUUUUUUCUGCGCCAUGUUGUAAAUUUCUCACAAUGACUGAAUGUGCAGAGAGUUUUGAAGAACGUCAAGACAAUGAAGCGGUUUUAUUGCAAGCUAUUUUUAUGUCAGACUUCGUUUUCAAGAAAGGAGACCAAAAAGAUGGAAUGGAGUUCAAACUUCAUCUGACGCCACAGCAAGGGAUGAGUGGCAGUGACCACGCCCACGUUACUGUAGAUAUGAAAGUUACUUGCCCACCGAAAUACCCAGACAUACUUCCAGUAAUUGUUUUUGAGAAUGAGAAAGGAUUCUCCACAGAGAAGUUGAAACAACUCGGCGAUGAAGUCAAUAAAAUGGCCAGGAAACUCAAGGGAGAGGUGAUGAUUCUUGAACUUGCCCAGCAUGUCCAAGCUUUCCUCCAUGAGCACAACAUUCCAGCGUACAAAUCCUUCUAUGAGGAGAUGAUGAGUAACAAGAAGAAGGAAGAAGAGAAAGAAGCCAAAGAAAAUGAGAAACGUCAAGAACUCCAGAGAAAGAGAGAAGAAAAAAGGAGGAAAGAAUUUGAUGAAGAAAUAACAAGGAGACAGUUGGCCAUGAAGGAAGAAACAAAACUGAGGAAAGAAUUUACAAAUAAGGACAACGAGAAGGUUGAGCCAGCCGUUGCUCAGUCACCCGAGACAUCAAGUGAUGUAGGACAGAGAAGCGUGGCUGAGACCCCGCUAGGGCGAGGCAAGAGACAACCUGAUCCAGUAGAUGCUGGGAGUGAAAAAGGAGUAAGAAGGAGGACAAUCAGUGAAAGCAGGAAUGCGAAGUACCAGGCAGAGGCUGAUGCAAACCAAAGACAUAGCAAGGCAAGCAGGCAGAAGAGCGGGAGUUUUAUUAAAGGUGUUGUAACAAGCGUCUUCAAAACCAAAGGCGAGAGGACCAUAACCAGAGGUCAAGUCAUGGGUUGUAGCGACAAGGGGAGUAAUAUUUAUGUUGGUAUGGACAGUCAGACCGGUGAGCUAGUCUCAAUCAGAGAAUGGUUGAUUAAAUGGAAGCAAGGCAAAGGAAGGAAACCAUUACCAGAUGAAGAGAAAGCCGGUGAGAACUGCAUCAAACAGCUUGGUGCUGUAGAGCAGGAACUUCUGUCUCUAAUCAAACUAGAACAUCCUAACUUAGUCCACUAUUUAGCCAUGAGACACACACAAGGCAAAGAAGCAGUCCAUGUGGAGCUUCUUAUGGAGUUUAUCAACGGUGGUAGUCUUGAUCUCCAGGCGUUUAGCGGUACACCUCUCCCACUUGAUAUCCUAAGACAGUACAUCAAUGAUCUGAUUGAAGCAUUAGUCUAUCUGCAUAGUAGAGGAGUGGUGCAUAAAGAUCUCAAGGCAUCGUCUGUGUAUGUAAAUAGCAAUGGGAGACUAAGGAUUGCAAACUACAGCUUAUGUAAAAGAUUGGAUGAUUUAAAUGAAUCCAUUCAAGCUGGAACUCAUAGCGUUCGUUUUAGUGAUGAGAAAAGCUACGGAGGUCGAGGUGGAAAGAAAGGGGAUGUACUCAAUUUGGGUAUCUUAAUAAUGCAGCUGAUACAAUCCAAUGAUGGUGUGCAAUAUCCAUGUGACAUUCCACAAGAUCUACCUGCAGAGCUGCUAGAUUUACUAAGCAGGUGUCUUGACACUGAUGAGAGGAAUCGAUCUUCAGCCUCAUCGUUAUUGGACCAUCCCUUCAUUAAGCCUUCCAUCUCAUCCUCAUUAGAUACAGCUAGUAAUGUACCUAUUGAUAACAACUCAUCAGGUGGCAAUGAGAAGGAGGUUGAUCGUAAUCUACCAGGACCACAGAGCUACGAUAUUCAACUUGGACACUCCAGACUUCGUAGUGAAUUUGAAGUCUUAGACUUUCUUGGUAAAGGAGGCUUUGGAAGUGUUACAAAGGUGUUGAAUAAGUUAGACAGUAAUAUAUAUGCCAUCAAGAGAAUCCUACUCAAUCCCAAAAGCAGAGAACUAAACCGGAAGAUUACAAGAGAAGUCAAGUUAUUAUCAAGACUCCAUCAUGAAAACGUUGUCAGAUAUUAUAAUUCCUGGAUAGAAGUGGCUGAAUCUCCUCCCCCUACUGACACCGAUUCCGAUUCACGCACCACGGCAACAACUACCACCAGUCCCUCGGACGAUAAACAGACCAAAGAAACCAAGAACCAGAAAAAUAGCCUCAGUUUGUCAGACGACAUUGAGAAAUUCGCACCCAGAAUCAGCCUGAGUACACGUGGUUCGUUAGAGUGGAGUACGUCACAUGAUACAGGGAGGUUAGAUACGAGUACAGACUCCUCAUCAGAUGAUGAAGAUGUCUUCAGAGCUUCAUUCAUGCCUUAUUCUGAUUCAUCUGAUGGUAUUGAGUUUGAGCACAGCAUGAGUGGCCAGCCAAGCAGUGAAGAAUCCAAGGCUAUGCAAGAAGACAAAAGGACCUCAACUGGUGCGGACAUUCCUCCUAAAGACGAAGAGAAAUCUCUGCUUCCUCAGUAUCUCUAUAUUCAGAUGGAAUUCUGUGAGAAGAGUACGUUAAGAUCUGCCAUAGAUCAAGGGCUGUAUCAAGAUCAACGGAGAGUAUGGAGAUAUUUACGGGAGAUUGCAGAAGGAUUAGCUCAUAUCCACUCUCAGGGUAUGAUUCACCGAGACCUGAAACCUGUGAAUAUCUUCUUGGAUUCCAAUGACUUGGUUAAGAUCGGUGAUUUCGGUCUGGCCACAGCGGGGAAUGUUGGGACGACAGCCUUACCUGACAUCCCUCAAGGGGAUCUUCAUGAAGCUCAGCUCUUAGAGGAAGGAGCAGGAACUGGGAGUCGGUUAACUGGCAAAGUGGGCACCGCCCUCUAUGUUAGCCCAGAGUUAUGCCAGGCUAGAAGCAGUUAUUAUAACCAGAAAGUUGAUUUAUACAGCCUGGGUAUAAUCUUCUUUGAGAUGUGUUUCCCGCCUCUUGCUACUGGAAUGGAAAGAGUUCAGAUGCUGGGUAGAAUAAGACAGAAAGACAUCCAGCUUCCAGACACAUUUGACGAGUCAAAGCGUGAGAAUCAAUCCUUAGUGAUACGUUGGCUUCUAAAUCACGACCCAGAGGAGCGUCCAACGGCGCAAGAGCUCCUUCAAUCUAAGUACCUACCGCCUCCUCAGAUGGAGGAUACCAGACUGCAAGAAAUGCUGAGACAUACCAUCUCUAAUAGUCAAUCUAAAGCAUACAGGCAUAUGAUGCAUGAAUUGUUCUCACAGACUGUUCCGCCGGCGGACGACUUCACUUAUGAUAUGGACAUGCAUAAGGGAUUUUCACUCAAACUAUCGGUGGUCCAGCAGACAGUGUAUGAAUCGCUAUGUCGCAUCCUGCAGAGACACUGCGCAGUCAAAGUCAACAGCCCCCUCUUGCUUCCCAGGAACCAACAAGUAGAGACGUCAGAAAUGGGCGUCAAUUUAAUGACAUACGGUGGAGGAUUGGUCUCGCUAGCUUAUGAUCUUAGAGUGCCAUUUGCCAGACUUGUUGCCAGAAAUAAUAUAACCAAUUUAAAAAGAUAUUGUAUAGAGAGAGUGUAUAGAGAGAGACGUAUCUUUGGCUGCCAUCCCCGUGAGCUUACAGAGUGUGCAUUUGACAUUGUCACAUCAACGUCUGCUGGUCUUAUUCCUGAUGCAGAGGUUCUUCAUGUUGUAUCCGAAAUCAUUAAUGAGUUUCCAGCAUUGCAGGCUCGUAACUAUUGCAUACGGUUAAACCACACCGCUAUAUUGAGGGCAGUAUUAAACCACUGUGGCAUCUCAGAGGAUAAACAUCAUGAGGUUUAUAAAAUCUUAAGUGAUGCUCGGACAGAAAAGUUGAGUAAACUUCAGAUCCAGACAAGACUCUGUAGUUUAUCCCUCACUGAGCAAGAGGUGAGCAACUUGUACAGUUAUAUAGAGCUGGAAGGUCACCAUAGCAAAGUAGCUGGUACCUUGAAACCAUUGAGUAAAGGCAAAGGACCCAAUGCAUCUAUGAUCAAACAAGGUCUCCAUGAACUGGAAGCAAUCAUCACGCAAGCACAGGUCUUUGGUAUCAGACUAGAGAUGAUUGUGACGUUGAGUUUAGUCUACAACAUCCAUUGUUUCUCGGGGGUGAUUUUCCAGUUUGUUGCUGAACCUGUGCAUCGAAAGAAGAAGACUACAAUGGAUGUGUUGGCUGCUGGUGGAAGAUACGACCAUCUUAUUCCAUUGUUUAAGAAGCCUUCGUUAUCUCAGCAUCAUCUGACUUGUCCUGCUGCAGUUGGUGUGAGUGUCUCCUUCGAGAAGAUUGUGUCUGCCGUCCUUCAAGACAGUUAUCUCAUGUCAGAAACUAGUGCGAGUGUUUGUGACAUUCUGGUCUGUGCCAUUGGGAGUAGUUCUUCAUUGAAAGAUCGUAUUAAAGUGGUCCGAGAUCUGUGGGCUAACGGUUUGAGAGCUGAUAUCCUGUAUGACUCCACCAUGUCACUUGAAGAUAUUCAAGACUACUGCCGAGCAGUUAAUAUUAUGUACUUGGUGUUGCUGAAAGAUCGCAAUGAACCUGUCAAGAUUCGAUCAUUUGACAAGGAGAAGCAAGUAACGGAGAGUCGAGUGGAUUAUUACAACGUUGUGGAGACAUUACACCAGAAAAUGUCCACCAAUAAAAUUGAAUCCAAUGAAACUACACAGCAGAUCAUUGCCAAGCUUCCCUUACUGGAGACAACACCCAACAGCAAUGCAACAAACUACAACGUGACCUUUGUACCCAGACCUGAAAUAGGAGCCAGGAAGAGACAUGAGAGAGUGGUAAGGAUUCAAUCUAAAAUUGAGCCGGUCCUGGACUGUAUCUCAUCCAAGACCACGGUGGAGGUAGUUGCUGUUGACCUUCCACUAUCAGUGGUCAAGAGUUCUGUGGCUAUAUUGGACUUUGACAACGGUGAAAGUUGUUACGCUUCCAGCGUGUCUACACUACGGGACACGCACAUUAAACACAAAAAAGCACUCCAAGAAAUAUGUGAUGUCCUACAAGAGCUUAAACUGGACAAAGGGGUUUCUUUUGUGAUUCUCUACACCUACAAGGAGGAUGCAUUCAAAGUGAUCUACUGAUGGGAUGAGCAGGCCUCAAAGAAACCCAUGGCACCCACAGCAAUUGCCGUGGUGCCCUUCACUUUUGCUUGGGUGCCCUUCGGUCGUGGUGUGGUGCUCUGUGCUUUCGCUGUGGUGCCCUGUGCAAGGUUCCUGUACAAAUUUACAAGUAUAAAUUUGCCUUUCAACAAAGAGAAAUUGCUGUGUCUUCAAGAGCAAAGGUCAAGACUUGGGGCCCAAUUUCAUAGAGCUGCUGAAGCAGAAACAAAGUAACUACAUGUAAUCACAACAAAAUGACUUCAAUUAAACCUCCAAAAGAGCAAAGCUAUCGCUCCUCCUCAUCAUGAAUAAAUGCAAAGACGGAAGAUGUUGGGUUAUGUAUGAGGAUUUCAUUCAAGGAAAUCAAGGAGUUAAUCCAAACGUAAACAUCAAUCAGGAUUGAGGGAAUCUGGCUAAAAAAGUCGGUAAAGUUAAGCCUUAAAAGAGCAUUUCAAGUGCUGCUGCUGUCAAAAUACCCUAUGGUAGUCGGUGGUACUUUGGGUGUGCCAAAACAGUUCUUAUUUGUGUUUUGCAUAUGUUUCUACAUUACAUGGUGCUAUGUUAAAGGAGUAGGUCUCGUAAUUCAAACGUAGUCCCACAUACCUUGCAG